AUGACAACGGCUUUCCCAGUCUUUGGUCUAAAUGACACGUUGUUGGAGUACGGAAUCGCAGGUAAGUUGAUAAACUGUUUGUAUGUUUAUCAGGCUUUCACUGCAUUGUAAACGAUUUUUUUGAUUACAAAUAGCUAUGUGACACUACUAUGUUGAAGCAACGUAUUUUACAAAAACUUUUGCUUCCAGCUUUGUGUAAUGCACCAAACGCAACGAUUUUUUGCAGAGUUACAGUUAAAAAAAUGCUUUUUUACUUAGAACAUUAACUUGUUUUGUAUUGCUUAACUGAAGUCUCCGUUUUUUCGCGUUGAAAAUCGUUUCCGUUAGCACGAAACCCAACGUUUCCGAUAAAAAUUCAAUGAAGUCAAGCUUCGGUACAACGAAUCGCAAAGUGCCAACAUUUUUUUUGUAGAGAUUCAUUUUGUCCUAAAAAGUACCUUUGAGACUUACUGUUUGCUGCAGGCAGGUCUCACUUUGUCGAGGCGACAUUAUUUUUAUUCCAUCAGCGAAAGGGGGUACUCCAAGGGCGACGCUCAGAUUUUGAUAAAACCUGCCACAAAUCUACAGGGUGUCCAGAGAAAUUCCGCGGAAAGUGUUUAUCGAUUUCUCGGCGCACAGACAAGAUAUCCAAAAAAUUCUUUUUGCAUCAGAAAGAAGACUAUGGGCGGUUUUUUGUAUAAAAAAGUUUUUUUGUCCGCCGGCGCGGAACAUAUUGUAUUCGGCGGAGACUUUUGGUAGCUUUUUUGGUCAUCACACCAAUCUUAAAAGCUUCAGUACGAUUUCCGAGGGUUAAAAGCAGAAUGUUAUCUUAUUUUUAUGUUUACCAAACGUUUGGCAAUGGAAUGGCGAGCUUUCCGUAUCGGCGGAGGCCACAACUCAGCUUCGGAUAGGAGAUGUCCCAAACAUUAUGUGGCUAGCAUUCUUUUCUGAUUCCAUAUGCUCUCCAAAAUUUCAUCGCCAGGCCUUGGCAGCAGCUUAGCCAUCAGUAAACCACUUGGUUUACCAGAAAUCAACAAAAUAUGUUUUGUUUAAACUUCUCUUUGCCCCACUGUUUCAAACCUCCGCACGAUGCGGUCGGACUUUAUCGCUGUUGCCGCAACUACCCAGUACGGUGCAGUUGCUAAAUGCGGUUGCAUAGUGUUGUCGUCGGUCUCCUGAUUCUUUGUGGAAAAAACUGAAGGUUUCCCGAUAGUUUCAGGAUCAUAGUAGAGCGCUGAAGAUUGGUGUGAUGACCAAAAAAGCUACCAAAAGUCUCCGCCGAAUACAGUAUGUUCCGCGCCGGCGGACAAAAAAACUUUUUUAGACAAAAAACCGCCCAUUGUCUUCUUUCUGAUGCAAAAAGAAUUUUUUGGAUAUCUUGCCUAAGCGCCGAGAAAUCGGCAAACUCUUUCCGCGGAAUUUCUCUGGACACCCUGUAGAAUAAUUCCUUGUAAGAAAUAUUCUUCUAGCUCGCGCUUCGGAGAAGACACCGAGAUUUUUAAAUUGAAAGUUGGCUUCUCGCACUUUUUUUGCUCAUUUUUAUAUGAAAAGUUUUUUUGCCUAAUGUUUCCACAAAAAAAAUCAAUUUUUUCUGAACGAAACUGACGUAGAUAUGGUCAAAAAGUCUUUUCUGUGACCGCUCUCCGCGUUUUGCGUGCUCUCUCUGCGGCAAAGAUCGUUGAUCAUUCUUGACUUCCCCUGGAAAGCGCAAGAUAAAACUUUCAGGAAUUGAUAUAUGGCAUAUGCCUAAAGUGUGUCCAAAUUAUGAAGAAAGCUUGAGCGUUGCAGUUCAAGUAAUUUCUCCGUAAAUUGAAGGGGUCAUAGUAAACCUACUAUUUUUCUGACCAUCUCUCCUCUUUUUCCGAAGUCCUUGGUCUCCAAAUUUUGUCGGACAUAUUGGUUUGGAAUGCAACGCGGGCGCUAAGUUUUUUUGGACUUUGCUCGUAGCGUAGAUGACGUAGGUUUUCAAAAUAUUAAGGAUAUUGGUUCCCACUUUGAGAAAUUUACAUUUCAAUUUCGCUAUGAAAAAGCUCUCCAUUUACCCUUAUAUUUUUUAAAUAUUUUAUUUAAGUCUAAACUUCUCUGCAUUCAAUUUUUUUCGAUGCUAGAGGUGUAAGCUGUUUGUAUCCGUGAAGCGUAAUGCCCUUACCUAUUACACUUUUCAAUUUCACCAAGUCCCUGGGACAUUAAUCAAAUUCGCAGAACUUUUUGGCUCUCCGAAAAAGGUCAAAGAAUAAUACUAACCUUGAGCGCAAAGAUCUGCGGACAAUUUGGCUGUUUUUGUUUUGAAAAGUUUGUCGUUGAAUUCGAAAUUAGGGGGAACUUGCGGCCGUUCAGGAAAUACACUUGUCAUGGAACGUCCGGCAGACUCGUAAAGCGACUUGAACCGGACGUUUCCUUCUGCUUUAUUGGGGCACUGUCAGCGACACGGGGGAAGUGACAAUUCCGGGGUCAGCGUUUGAACUUUUUCGCAGCGGGUUUUCAAACGUUUUUUUCGGAUUUUCUGUAAUGUAAGCUUUCAAGGAGAGGCUUUCAAGCGCUCAGAUUUUCUUAGAUUUUUGCACACAUUUUGGGCAUAGGCUAUGUGUAAAUUUCUGAAAAUUUUAGCUCUUGCUUUGCAGGCGUAGCUGAGAUAUUCAAGAUGAAACACUCUUGUCUGUAUCUUUGCCAUGGAAAAAAUUGAUUUUUUUUGUAGAAAAAUCAUUCUCUUGGUACAAAAAUUUUCAUGUCAAAGUUCACCAAAAAAGUGUCACAUUUUUUCAAACCUUUGGCUCCAAAAUCUCGAUCCUUUCUGCGUAGCGCGAGCUAGGAGUCUCCCAUUUGUCUUAAAAUAAGUUAAUCUAAAUUUGUGUCACGUUUUAUCACACCCUGAACGUCGCACUUGGACUACUUAAAAGAUUAUAUUGACGUUUCUGAACUACUCGACUUGUGAGUUCAGAAAGGUCGGCAUAAUUUUUCCCACCUUUAAAAACGAUGCCUUUUGGACUGUUUGGCACACAUUGAGGCUGGGAUUUUUAAAGACAAUAUUUUGAGAUUUUGAACUUGAAAAUUAAAGGCUUGUCUAAAAAAAACAUUUUUUCUUUAGCGCCUCGCUCUCGUCCACAAAGCUUCUUGAAUAUUUUGGGUUUCUUCGGAAAACGCGAGCUGCAUUUUUUAAAUGCAAUAAAGUCUCUGUACAGCAAAUUACAAGGGGAAAAUUGUACGUUAUAAAGAGGUUUUGAUGUAAGGAGUUUAAAAAUGUUUUGGGGGGGGGGGGGGGUAAACGGUUUGUUUUUUGCCUAAAAUUGGGUCUUGGGCCCUACAAAGUCGUCCGUUUUAGACAGGCUUCGUUUCAUGGGAAUUUUUUGUACGGAGAUUUCACUGUACUUUCUCAUGGCCAACUUGACGCUGACUGCUUGAAUCUAAACCCAAUUCCUUAUACAUUUACGACCCUUUCUUACAAAAUUUUAUGUCUAAUGUAAACGGAUCGUGGGACUGUGCGUACUUUACCAAAUUUCAGCCUCCACAUCGACAAUUCUCCCGCCAACUCCUCUGAAUGUGUCCAUGGAAGCCGCCACCACAGAUGAGGAAGAGUUCUUUCAGACCCUCAGCGACGAGGAUUACAUUGAGUUCGUCGCGGACUUUCUUCGCCCCACGCCGAUUGAGUACGGAUUUGUUGGGGUUUUCUUUUGUUUGAUGAUUGUUGGAGUCAUUGGAAACUGCCUGGUAGUGUAUGUAGUGCUGCGGAACAAAAAUAUGGUGAGAUUUUGAAAUCUAGAAAAAUAUUCAAAUUUAUGCAAAUUUUUGAAAAAAUUCAAAUUUUUGUGUCUUGUUCAAAUUUAGCGGUCUUUAGAGGGAACAGAAAGUAUUUCGGAGUUUUUUUGCCUUGGAUGUAAAUUUCGAAAAUUAUGCAAAUUUUUUGAAAAUAUGCAAAUUUUUUAAAGAUAUUCAAAUUUUUAAAAUUAAUCCAGCUUUUGUUACCUUCAAGCAAAAUUAAAAACGAUUUUAGGACUUUUCGACAUUUAAGCAAAUUUUGAAAAUCCUUAAAAUUUAGAAAAUUUAUCUAAAUUUUCUCAAAAUUAUUUAUUCAUUUCUAUGAAUUAUAAUGCCUUCGCUUUGGCUUUCAAUAUGAUACUUUUUGCCAUUGACUCUCGAUGAAAUCCGAUCACCUCGGGCGAUUUUCCCCGUACAAGAAUUCACUAGUUUUUCGCGGGGAUUACGGUAAUCGGAAGUGAGAAAAAUAGUCAAAAGUGAGCAAGCUAUGCGUUUUAAAUUUCAAUGUUUUAUUCUUUUUUCAGUGGACUUCUAUGAACUGGUUUCUUCUCAACUUGGCAUUGUCGGAUUUACUGGUACUUACAAUUUGUCUAACGCCAACCGUCAUCAACGAUAUCACAAAGACUUUUUGGUUCAGCGCCGGCUUCUGCAAGGCGAUAUUGUUCUUCCAGGUAAGGGUUUAUCACAAUAGUAUGAAUAAAAAAUUCUAGUGAAACUAGUCCGUUGGCAAAGUCGCUGGAGUGAUUUCUGCAACAUGCGCUGUGCGAAAACAAAAUGUUCAUUUUGCACUGCGAUUUUUGGCUUUUUGCAUCGUGCAAUAGGCUUUUUCGGCCUGUCGCUUGUACCCUGAAUUUCUCUGCACAGUGCAAACGCAAGAAAUAAUUCCAGCGACUUUACAAACGGACUAAUAAAGGCCAUACAAUCUGCUAUUUUUUUGCCGUUAGGAGGCAUUUUUAUUGGGACUGGUAAGGCUGGUGAUAGUCAAAAUUCCAGUCGUUUCUGCAAAACUAGAGCAAGAAAGGCUGCUGUAUAAACGCUAUGGAUCUUUUUACGCUGAGGAUUUACAUUUUUUUGCGAAAUUCCACUUGUAACUCGCUGAGAGCAACGAAAUAACGCUUGAAAAUUUACUGGGCCCUGAAAAAGCGCUAAAUUUUUUUCUCUUGUCUUGCGUCACUCGCAAGUUGAGUUUAACUCGUAAAACAAUCUGUGGACAUACGACUCCAUUGCUUUUGUCAUCUGCACUUUAUUAGUAUUUUCAUAAAGUGCAUGGACAUUUUUCGCUUUCGCACAGUGCAUUUUCAGCUUUUUCCCACGUUUGUCGCCAAUUCACAGUGCGUUUUUUUCGCACCGUGCAAACCUCAAAAAAGCCGUUGGCACUGUGCAAAUCCUUGGCGCGUCGCAGCGACGUGAUUGAAACUUGCUUAUGUCGCGGCGACAUUUCGCCGCACAGUGCAAAAAUCAAAAAAAGUGAAAUGCACGGUGCAAUGUCUUUUUUGUUGCACGGUGCGACUGUUUAUUGAGGUCCAGCGACAUUUCGCCGCACAGUGCAAAAAUCAAAAAAAGUGAAAUGCACGGUGCAAAAUGGGGUUUUUGUGCACGGUGCGAACCGCGACAAAUGUCCAUGCACUUUAUGAAAAUUCGAAUAUUUUCAGAACACAAGUGUGUACGUCUCGGUGCUCACCUUGAUGGUGGUGUCGAUUGAGCGAUGGAGAGCCGUGACCAGCCCGUUGUCAGUGCCCAUCUGGAGGACCCACAAAGUCAUCAUCCUGAUUUGGAUCAUCUCCUCUUGCCUCUCGAUGCCCGAACCCAUUACUCUCAAGAUUUAUCCAGCCGAAUAUGCACGGAAGAAUCUGCAAACGACGGUAGGAAAUUCGUGAAAUUGUAUAAGAAAAACAACUUUUAGUGGGGAACUCGAUGUAAGGAGUCGUGGAGCGACGAAUUCCAGCAGAAAUACCAAUUGGCUCAGACGCUUUUUCUAUUUUUUAUUCCGUUAAUAAUCAUUAGUGGACUUUGCAUUCAUAUGUCCAUAAUUUUACGGAGGAAAUCGCUACAAAUCGGGGAACGACAGCUGAGGAGUCGACAGAGGGCGACGAGGAUCUUGAUUACCGUCACGUUACUCUUUGGCAUCAGCUAUUUGCCCGUGCAUCUGCACAAUAUGAUGACGUAAGGAUGGGGAGUUUGAUUGUUCAGUUCAUGGUUGUGGUUGGGUUGGUGGAGGAGAGAGGAAAUUCUUGGGAUGGUCCUGGGAGUCAAGAUUAGACAAAAUGGAACCUCCGCAUAACCAAAGUUUCACUUUUAUGAUCAAAAAAUUUUUUUUCUUAUACUAGGCUUUUUCCUGAGGAGGAAACCAUUUUUUAUAUACAGGGUGGUUCAGCCGAAGCUUCCAUCCUUAUUUCAAGUAUUUCUCCGCCGAAAUGCACCAAUUUUUAUAAAAUUUAUAUCAAAUUGAAGCUUAGGUUCCCCAUUUUUUGUCCACCAAAUAUGACAGGCCCAAGUUCAAGGAUAGCCCCGUACUGACCUUUGACAUUUUCAUUCCAAAUUUUUGAGCCCGAAAUCGGUGAAACCUUGAAAAUUUUUGCAAUGAUUUUCAAUUGCGUUUCUCGGACUUGGAAAAUUUUUGGAUUUCCGGCAAAAAACAAUGUCGCCAAAUUCGAUGAAAAUUUUUAAAAAAGUAAGGUUCACAGAAGUAGCAAGUGCCUAAAAAGCAUAUUUCCAUCCGACGAGAUUUCGGGCUCUAAAAUUUGGAAUGAAAAUGUCAAAGGCCAGUAUGCGAGUAUCCUUGAACUUGGGCCUGUCAUAUUUGGUGGACAAAAAAUGGGGAACCUAAGCUUCAAUUUGAUAUAAAUUUUAUAAAAAUUGGUGCAUUUCGGCGGAGAAAUACUUGAAAUAAGGAUGGAAGCUUCGGCUGAACCACCCUGUACCUCAUAAACACGUCAAAAGUUAUAGCCAAAGUUUCACUUUUACGAUCAAAGCAAUUUUUUCCUUUUAUGCUUUUUCCUGAAGCGGAAAUAAUAAUUUUUUAUGUGCCUCAUAAACUCAUCAAAGCCAUGAUUGCGCUAGCAAAUUGUGAACUAACGAAUUCAAGGCGUGACACAAGGGCUAGGCUACUUUUUCGCACUAAAAAUUGCUUACAAGAUCGAGCCGGCUCGAAGUAAAUUUGAAAGCAAAUUGAGUUUACUAGCAAAAAGAUAUAUUGCAAUAGCAUUAAAAUUGAAUAACUGAUUUUUUUCGUGAUUGUGGUCAAGCACCAAAUGAUAGUCAAAGUAAAGACAGGUUGAAAUAUCAGCAGUUUUUUUGGCUUUUAAAAAAUUUCUUGAAGCUUUUAGCUGGUUAACCAAUUUUUGUUUUAUUAUAAUACACUAGCGGUCCUAAAAAAAGGUUUCCUGGGACCACGGAAAACUCGAAACUGACCGGGCCGCGAUUUUUGGCCCUGCCCGGGAGCCAUGUCUAGUCCGUCCGUGAAGUCGCAGCGGUGAUUUCGGCGACAUACACUGUGGAAAACACAAGUUCACAUGGCACUCUGCAAUUUGACGCGAGUCAAUUUUUGACUACUGCUCACACCCUGUCGUUUUUGCAUAGUGCAAACGCCAAAAAUCAUUCCAGCGACUUUACGGAGGCUUGUAAACAAAAUUAAAAUGCCAAGACAGCAUUUCCACAGAUUUCAAUAUCAAAAUCAUCGCUUUAUUUUUCAGGUCCUUUCACAUCGAGCCCCAACAGGAUCCCAGUCUAACCGCCAUCGCGGUCCGGAAAUUCAUCCCCCGGCUUUUUAGCUACUCCUCUAGCAGUUUCAAUCCUAUUUUGUACAAUUUCAUAUGUGGUAAGUUUUGAUUGACAUACAUGCAAAACUUUUACAUCACAUUUUUCUGUAACGUAAAGUCAUGAUUUUCAGAGAAAUUCCGCAAAGAAUUCCGUCGUGCUUGUUGUUUCUUUUCGGGCAAAACCAAGAAACAGCCCAAAACGUCGCUACUCCGGCCGCAUUCCACUCGCUACAGUUCGGUGACGGUCAGUGGGACCAAUGUGUAA